GAAACGGCCUCCACUCCACAGGAGCUGGCCUCAAACCGGGCUCGAAUCGCGGGCCCGCGGCCAGCGUCCGGGCUCGUCGCGCACGUACCACACGCCCCGUGCGUCACGCACGCACGCAGGCCGGCUCCGCCCCCACGCGCCGCCGCGGCCUUCCCACCCGGCGCUCGGUGACAUUGAGCGCGCUAGCGCCGCCGCUGCCGCGAGAGGUGCUGUGCAGUCGGCGGAGCAGGCGGCCAUGGGGAGCCUCCGCAGCCUUCGCCUAGCGGCGGGAAGUUUCUUUAGGUUCUGUGAAAGCCAUGCUUCCUCAUCACUAAGGUUUACCAGGAAAUCUGAUUUGAAGAGAAUGAAUGGAUUUUGCACCAAGCCACAGGAAAGUUACAAAGCUCCAACCAGCACUUACACCCACAGAGUGCCGCUGCACAAACCCUCGGACUGGGAGAAGAGGAUCCUGAUAUGGUCAGGUCGCUUCAAGAGCAAGGACCAAAUCCCAGAGACUAUCUCCUUUGAGAUGCUUGAUACCGCGAAGAACAAGUUACGGGUGAAGAUCAGCUACGUGAUGGUUGCCCUGACGGUGCUAGGAUGUAUCCUGAUGGUUAUUCAGGGCAAGAAGGCUGCCCAAAGAAAUGAGUCUUUAACAGGCUGGAACUUAGACAAGAAAGCUCGUCUGAAAGAGGAAACAGCUCUGAAGGCCAAAACAGAAUAGCAGAGUUCUCCAUGCUGCCUGGACUGUGACCAUCCGGGAAUAAUACAGCAACCGCCUGUGUUGAAAAGAAGGUGGGGUGUCGAUCCACUUCCUAAGAUGUAUGUCUUGCACAAAGUUAUAGUUCCCUGUAGAGGUACAAAUAAAUUUUCUUAAAGAAUGA